UGAUCAAACUGAUAGUCACCCUUAGGUCCUUCGGUCCUUUAGCUAUAUAUUUAGAAGCUGGCAAAUCUUCUUUCUCUUCUUUUGUCUUGUAACAGCUGUAAAUCUUGUUUUAAUGCCUUUGGUCAAAGUUUUUGACACUGAAAAUCUGUUCCAUCUUCACGUGGCAAAGAAGGCUUUGAACCUUCUUUUGAUUUUUACAGGAACUUUUCUUCCUUUAAUCACUCAUUUUUGUCAACAUAUGCACCUUUUCCUUGUUCCCUUGUCUCUUUUAUCCAAUAUGAUAGCUAUGUGUAUGGCUUUUUAAAGAAACAAACUUUUCUUCCUCAUCUUCUUCACGUGAAUGAUUUUUGAGAUGUCUCUCCCCUUGGAUUUUGAAUUCUUCAUUUUCUUUGGACUCUUAUCCAAAUAGUUUUUUUUUUAACAAAAGGCAUCCUCCAUGUUUUGUACCCGUGGGUAGCAAGAACAUAAAACAGAAUAAUUUCUUCUCUCUUUCUUGUGUUGCAUCUUUGUAUAUGUUAUUUCCUUGCUGUCCUAUUUCUCGGGACUUAAACUUAGAGCUUUGAAAUUGCACUUGACAAUCUGGCGAAGGAGUAGACUGUUUUAAAUUUUGGUUUAAAAUUUCACGGGGUGGUCUAGGCCACCCCGAAGAAAUUCAUGGGAUUCUUGGAGAUUAUCUCUGCUGCAGCUGGGGAGGAAGUCGGUGGAUUGUUCAGAGUCUCCACCUCCAUUUGAUUGGUGAAGGAAUAAAUGCAGAUGGUCAAAUUUGUACCCAGCGAGCUGUUGAUAAGGUCGGGAAAGAGUUUGCCGCGGGUCUAGGGUAUAAGCGUUCUUCUCCAUUGGCUUCACUUAACUACAACUUUUCUUUCAGUGAUCCCCCUACCUGGUUUCUUCCUUCCAAAGUGAACUCUGGUCAUCUUGAUUUUAUUCCGGAAGAUGGUACUAUCAAGGUUGGUCGGCAUCAGGGCGAUUUAUUUCAGGCUUAUACUCUGAUGAAAGUGAAUAAUGAGGCUGAUGGAGACACCAAGUUUAAAGUUGAUCCAAAUUUUUUUCCGCUUUUACACAGAAUGAUCCGAGAAAAGACAGAUUGGGGUUUGAGAAAAGAGUUUUUGCUUUCCGAGGUGGGAUUUGAUAAGUCUCCUGGCUUGCAAGCAGUUGGUCAGAGUUCUAGCCUUUCUAAAAAUAAGAAUACAAUGGCUGACCAGGAAUGCAAGGUUAUCUCGGAGUCUUCUUCACCAGGAUCUUCUUUAGGGAGUAGCCAUGAUGUGAAUUUUAAGCGUGCUCGUUAUGAGAAUUCUGAUGGUCCUGGUGGUGUGGAUAUUGAAACUGUGACUGCUGCAGAUAAUUUUACUCCAGAAAUUAUCCCUGGAAACUUAAGUACACCAUCUGUGAAGGUAACGAACCAGCCUUGUAGGGGAAAGUCAGCUGCCUAUCUGUCAAAUGAAGUUGCACCAUCAUCCUUGCAAGAAGUGACGGCAUCCAUCCAUGCUUUGUUUGGCUCGGAGGUGAGCAAUUUUAGGCAAGGAUAUAUUAUUAGUGAAGUAGAGAAUAUUUUUGUCAAGCUUUCCUCUUGCAACUCACCUACAGAAAUUCUUGGCUGCCAUGAGGAAGUGAAUUUGGUGCUUGAUGUUUUGGUUCCCAUCAUUAACAUUUUGGAAUCUGGUCGAACAGAGCUCGAGUGGUUUGUCAAAACCGUUCGCCAUAUUUUUGCAUGUGCUUCACAAAUUUCUGAUAAUGCCAAGAUUAUUGAUCAAGGUAAUCAUAUUCGCGAUUUGCUUCAUUGUCAUGAUGAGUGUUUGUCAACUAAGAAGGCCUUCGAGUCCGAGUUAAACAAAUCCAUUCAGGAGCUUAAGAAAAUUGAAGCUGAGGAACUGCCUGUUAAAGAAGCAGAGGAGAUCGCUCGUGUUCUUCGCCAGCAAUAUGAUUCUGGAAAACAUGCUGUCAAACGUCGAGUGAGUGAUCUUAAAGCUUCUAUUGAGCGACAAAAGAAAUUGGAUGUGGAGCUUCGUCAGUCUCGAGCUGAUACAAAUGAAGGGCUCCUUCCGGAUGUUGAGCGUGCUGAAGUUUUGAACAAAUCUGCAGAAGAAAGAAUCUUGAACUCGAUUGCCUCCCUGCUCCACUUUUGCAGUAAACCGGAGUAGGGAUCCAUGUGUUUUUCUUUCUAUUUUGCACUCCUGCUAUUUGGGAUAUUUAUGUUGGCCUUUCCUUUUUUUUUCGCAGACUCUUUUGAGCAAACUUGGUUGAUAAUAAUGGGUUCAUUGAACCAGAAUAUUUGAGAUUUAUCUGAAUUUUUUUUAUGUUAUUCAAACCAUAUUCCUUUACCCA